AUGGUCGGCUUGCGCGACGGCGACCGGCUCGACGCCAAGAUUGUGUCGCUAGGUGAUAUCAAAAUGCACCUGAAAAUACUCGAGGCCGGCAACGCCCGCAGCACUGAAGCGACGGCGGCGGCGGGGGCCUUGGCGAGACUCACCGAUAACGACGCCGCCAACUGCGCCGCGAUCGUCGACGCCGGCGGCAUCGAACUGCUCGUGGCGCUCGUGACGAAUGGAGCGGCCCGCGGCCAGGAGCAGGCCAUGUGGACGUUGUUCCACCUCGCCGACGACGCCGCCAACAAGGACGCGAUUCGUGAGGCCGGCGGCAUCGCGCCGCUUGUUGCGCUCGCGAGGAGCGGUUCGGCCGGCGGCAAGCAGGUGGCCGCAGCGGCGGCGUUGGCGAGCCUCGCCGUCCAUAACGAUGCGAACCAGACCGCGAUCGCCGCGGCCGGCGGCAUCGCGCCGCUCGUGGCGAUCCUGAGGAGGAGCGGCGCGGCCGGCGGCAAUGCCGCGGGGGCGUUGACAAACCUCGCCCUCAAAGCCGCCAACCGCACCGCAAUCGUCGAGGCCGGCGCCAUUCCGCCGCUCGUGGCGCUCCUGAGGAGCGGCGAGGAGAAGGCAGUGAUGGCGUUGAACAACCUCGCCUGCAACCGUGACGCCUGCACCGCGAUCGCCGAGGCCGGCGCUAUCCCGCCGAUCGUGGCGCUCCUGAAGAACGGCAAGGCCCUCGGCCAGGAGUGUGCCGCGCGGGCGUUGUGGAACCUCGCCUUCAAAAACGCGGCCAACAAGGUCGCAAUUGUCGCGGCCGGCGCCGUCGACCCACUUUACGCGCUCGCGCGCGCCGGUGGGAGCUUGAAGGCGGCGGCCGUGGGGGCUCUGAAAGAGCUCAAACGCCACGCGUUGGCAUGGGCUCUGCGUCACCGGAAGCGCCGCAUUUACCCGCUGCUCCUCGCCACGGGCGCUACGAUCCCGCCCCACGCCGAGGACGCCUAUCUGCGCAAGGUCGCCGCGGCCGGCGGCUUCCCGGCGUACGAGAAGGCCCAUCGGCAGGCGUUCGACGCGUUGGCUGCGAAGGCUUUCCCAUGCCUCCCGACCGACGUCACCGCGCAUGUCGCCUCCUUCGCGUUCCACGUUGGCUACUACUAG